UAGGUAGCGCUGCUCGACGCUAGGCUCUCUCUCUCGGCGGUGGGUCGGAGCCGCUGUCCCCGACCUCGCAUGUUCCCCUCCAAAUUCCGUUUUUAAAUUGGAUGCCCCGUUUGUAGCUCAGUUCGCAUUCGACCGCGUACCCCCACUAGUGUCUACUCAAUUUCCCCCUAAAUUUCCCUGGCCUGGCGUCAAUCAUGUCUGGAGUGAGCAGCUCAUUCGGGCCGGUGGCGCGGCUCGAGGGCCGUGAGUUCGAGUAUCUGAUGAAAAAGCGCUCGGUGACCAUCGGCCGCAAUUCGUCGCAGGGCUCCGUGGACGUCAGCAUGGGUCACUCGAGCUUUAUUUCGCGGCGACACCUGGAGAUUUUCACCGCCAGCGACGACGGGACCGGCGGGGGAGACUUCUACCUCCGCUGCCUGGGGAAGAACGGGGUGUUCGUGGACGGGGUGUUCCUCCGCCGGGGAGCCGCUCCGCUGCAGCUGCCGCCCAUGUGCACGUUCCGGUUUCCCAGCACCAAUAUCAAGAUCACCUUCACGGCUCUGUCCAGCGGCAGGAAGACGAGGCGUGAAGCCCCCGAAUCUCCAGUCAAGCCGGUGCAGCCUCACUUUGCGCCGCUCACCAUUAACAUUCCCGACAACCUCGCCCACCUCAUGAGUCCACUGCCCUCGCCGACUGGAACCAUCAGCGCCGCAAACUCGUGCCCGUCCAGCCCUCGUGGCGCCGGCUCUUCGGGGUACCGCAUGGGGGGCCGCAUGGUGAGCUCUGCUGAGCUGCAACUGAUUAGCGACAACUCUCAGCCCGAGAACGACAAGGAUGCAUCGGGAGAGGACAGUCCCAAGGACGACUCCAAGCCGCCGUACUCGUAUGCUCAGCUGAUCGUUCAGGCUAUUACGCUGGCGCAGGACAAGCAGCUGACACUUAACGGGAUCUACAACCACAUCACCAAGAAUUACCCUUACUACAGAACCGCUGACAAGGGCUGGCAGAACUCCAUCCGCCACAACCUGUCGCUGAACCGCUACUUCAUCAAGGUGGCGCGCUCGCAGGAGGAGCCUGGCAAAGGUUCCUUCUGGAGGAUAGACCCGUCCUCGGAGGGCAAGCUCAUCGAGCAAGCUUUCAGGAAACGGCGUCCCCGUGGCGUCCCCUGCUUUAGGACUCCUCAUGGACCACUCUCCUCCAGGAGCGCCCCAGCCUCCCCAAACCACUCGGGGGUUCUGUCAGCUCACUCCAGCGGUGUGCAAACCCCUGACAGUUUGUCCAGAGAGGGCUCCCCGGUCCCCAUGGAGAUGGACACCUCCUCCAUUGCCCCUGCUGCCACCGCCCCCACCACGGUGGUCCAACCCAAACUGGCCGUGAUCCAAGAAGCUCGCUUUGCACAGAACACACCAGGCUCUCCAGUCGGCAACCAGCCGGUGCUGAUCGCGCUGCAGGGUCAGCUACCUCAAAGCAUGAAGCCGGUCACCUACACCAUGGCGUCUCCGGUCAGUGCCGGCUCUUCUCAGCCGGUUCAAACAGUCCAGACGGUCCAUGUGCUGCAGCAGAUCCCCGCCACCGCCGCUGUCAUCGCACAACCGGCCGCCGUCGUGUGCAAGAGCGAACCGCAGGAGAACGGAGAACGCGCCGACGGCAAAGUGAAAGUUGAGACUGUGCCCACCAUAACAGCUACGGGAGCGGUGGGUCGCAUCAUCCAGACUUCGGCGGCAUCCGGACCUCUGCAGACCGUCACUAUUCUAGGCCAGCACCAGCUGCCCAUCAAGACCAUCACACAGAAUGGAAACCACAGCAUCACCACCGCCAUACAGAGCAGCGGUCCAUCUGUGGCCAGCCCACUUCACCUGCUCGCCGACCACGCCUCCGCCUCGGCGUCAUUGCCCACUGUUAAGCGGCCGAACGGGGAUCAGCAGGUGGGACCACCGGAUGCCAAACGGAUCAAAAUGGAGGAUGAUGAGGCAAGACCAGCGGACAACGGUAACAGCUAAGGUCUUUGAUGGAACCCCACGAAACCACAGAGCGCAACACCCCCACUGCAUUACCCACCUGUCAUUUCUUUAACUUACUCGAGAGUUCCAAAGGGGUGGAAAAUUUCUAAAAAGUCAGUAAUUGUAUUUCAUAUUAAGGUUCAUUUCUUGAAAGUUUUUCAGUCAUUUUCUGAUUUAAAGAAAAAGGCCAAUUUCCAGGAAAUCUUUGUACAUUUCCGGAAUAUUUUUCUGAAAAUUUUUGGAAAAUAUUCCCGGUGCUUUUCUUCCUGUAAAUUUCUGGAAAACAAUUCCGGAAAUUUAAUGAGAAAUUUAAUCAUUUCAUUUAAUUUCUUGUUGGAAAAUUGUCCAUUUCUGAAAAAUUAACCAGGAGAUUUCUGUAAAUUUCUGGAAUGUUUCCGAGAAAUUUCUGUUCCAUUAUACUUCUGGAUGUUAUUUUUGUUUCAUAAAAAGGUCAGUUACUGUA